CCUAUCUUCUUCCUUUGCCUUUUGUUGCUCUUCACCUUACAAAUAAAAACCCCUUUCUCAUCAUUCUCUCACUCAUUCAUCAUCUCUCUCUCAAUCCAACUCUUCUCCAUUUUCUUACUCUCUCACUUCAAACAUCAGCAAAAACAACAACAAAAGCUUAUUCAAGUGUUGUCUUAUACUUCAUCUCUACUAAUCUAAAGGAUUUGGAUUAUGUGCAGUGGUUCAAAGAGUAAACUUUCUUCAUCAGACUGUGCCAUGGAGGAUAAGCUUCAAAUGGGUAUCCACAACUCCUCAAUCUUGCUUGAAUUGUCUGCAUCUGAUGAUUUUGAUGCUUUCAAGAGGGAAGUAGAUGAGAAGGAUUUGGAUGUGAAUGAGGAAGGCUUUUGGUAUGGUAGAAGAAUUGGAUCGAAGAAGAUGGAAUCCGAAAAGAGGACUCCUCUUAUGAUUGCUUCCAUGUUUGGAAGCACUAGAGUGGUCGAGUAUAUUGUUUCGGCAGGGAAGGUUGAUGUCAACGGAGUUUGUGGUUCCGAUAUGGCCACUGCUCUUCAUUGUGCUGUUGCUGGUGGUUCUGAGUUUUUGCUCGAGGUUGUCAAGCUCUUGCUUGAUGCCGGUGCAGAUGCUGAUUGUCUUGAUGCCAGUGGAAAUAAACCAGUUGAUCUGAUUGCACCGGCCUUUAAUUCGUCGUCCAAAUCGCGUAGGAAGGUAUUGGAGAUGUUUUUGAGAGGUGAGGUAAGUGCUGAACUCAUCCAAGGGGAGAUGGAUGCUCCUUUCUCAUUGAAAAAAGAAGGUGGUGAUAAGAAAGAGUUUCCUAUUGAUAUAUCGUUGCCCGACAUAAACAACGGUGUAUAUGGAUCAGAUGAGUUUAGGAUGUACAGUUUCAAGGUGAAGCCAUGCUCGAGGGCUUACUCUCACGAUUGGACGGAGUGUCCCUUUGUUCAUCCAGGUGAGAAUGCAAGGAGGAGAGACCCAAGGAAAUACCCUUACAGCUGUGUUCCCUGCCCAGAGUUUCGCAAAGGGUCUUGCCAGAAAGGGGAUUCUUGUGAGUAUGCACAUGGUGUUUUCGAGUCAUGGCUACAUCCCGCACAAUACCGAACAAGGCUUUGCAAGGACGAGACUGGCUGCAAUAGAAAAGUCUGCUUCUUUGCUCACAGACCCGAAGAGCUGCGCCCCGUGUAUGCUUCCACUGGGUCAGCUAUGCCUUCACCUAAGUCCUAUUCAGCUAGUGGAAUGGACAUGACAUCGAUGAGUCCGCUGUCUCUAAGCUCCUCAUCUUUGCCUAUGUCCACUGUUUCAACGCCGCCCAUGUCUCCCUUGGCAGGUUCAUCAUCUCCCAAGAGUGGAAACAUGUGGCAGAACAAAUUAAACCUCACUCCACCAUCGUUGCAGCUCCCAGGUAGCCGGUUGAAGAGUGCUUUGAGUGCAAGGGAUCUUGAUCUUGAGAUGGAACUGCUUGGUCUGGAUAGUCCUCGUCGUCAACAGCAGCAGCAACAACAACAACAAUUGAUUGAAGAGAUUGCUAGAAUCUCUUCCCCAUCUUUCAGGAACAGCGAAUUCAACAGGAUUGCUGAUUUGAAUCCUACUAACCUUGAUGACCUAUUAGCAUCAGCCGAUCCCAAUUUACUAUCUCAAUUACAUGGACUUUCCAUGCAACCUUCGACACCCACACAACAGAUGCAUUCUCCAAGUGCAAUGCAGAUGCGCCAAAACAUGAACAUGGGCCAAAACAUGAACCACCUUCGUGCAAGUUAUCCAUCAAACAAUAUGCCUUCCUCUCCAGUGAGGAAGCCCUCACCAUAUGGAUUUGAUUCAUCGGCUGCCGUAGCAGCUGCGGUGAUGAAUUCCAGGUCUGCUGCCUUCGCAAAGCAGCGCAGCCAAAGUUUCAUUGACCGUGGCGCUGCAACUCACCAUCUUGGACUUUCUCCGCCUUCCAACCCUUCCUGCAGGGUGUCGUCCGGCCUUUCAGAUUGGGGUUCCCCCACUGGGAAACUCGAUUGGGGUGUAAACGGUGACGAGCUGAACAAGCUGAGGAAAUCCGCUUCUUUUGGGUUCAGAAAUAAUGGACCAGCAGCACCAACUGCAUCCCAACAUGCUGAGCCUGAUGUCUCAUGGGUUAAUUCAUUGGUUAAGGAUGUUCCAUCUGAUAAUUCCGGCGUAUAUGGAGCCGAGAAUAUGCGGCAGCUGCAGCAAUAUGAUCUGAGUCGAGACGUGCUUCCACCAUGGGUGGAGCAGAUGUACAAAGAGCAGGAGCAGAUGGUAGCAUGAAUGUGAAAUGCAGCCAUGUCAAAGCUUCUUGGUUUUCCUGACAAAGUUUUAUUUAUUUAUUUUAUUAAUUAAUUAAUUUGAACUGUUAUUACUAUCCAACAUUUACAUAUAGUAUAGUUAGAAUCAAAGAACAAAGUUCAGGUUAAUAUUCCAGAAUUUGAAGAUUUCCAACUUCACUAGAUCAGGAAUGACUUGGAGAAAUAUUGGAUGAAGCAAUCAUGCUGAAUUUUUUAUUGUAUUAUAUAAUUUAUUGCCCCUCUUUUCUUUAGUGGGUCAAUGUAUUUUCUUUAGCACAAGAGAACAAAGUAUUUGUCAUCGAUUAAUCAGCACAUUUUUUUUUUUAA